AUGGAGAGUCUUCCGGGAGCGGAGAGCUUAGUCCAUGGUCCAUUUCCGGACCAAACGGACUCUGCUUCCGAGCAGGCCUCCCAUUCCAAUCUCUCACGCUCAUCAUCUCUCGUUCAGAAAAAAGCGUUACCUCGCACCGCCCGUCAUGCCAAACGACUGACCUUAAACUUCCCCAUCAACUUGAACGAACCUGAAACAUCCGAUUCCAACGUCACCUCUCCCGGUUCCAUAACCCCAGUCACACAGUCCGCAACUCGCCCCUCCCCCGCUCAGCCCCCGGGAACUCCUAUGGCAUUUGAUGUCCCCGAUGAUGGCUAUGAUUUCCUGCGAGCCAUUGCCUCGCAGGAACGGAAGGUCAUGGAGCUCCGCGAGGAGCUCACACGAGCCGAGGCAGACCUAGUGACAAUCAAGAGGCAAUGGGCACUAUCUGAGAAGUCCAGAAAGCGAGCGGAGAUCAACCACGCGGAGCCAUUAAUGCCACUCCGAUCACCUGAUCCCGCAACACCCGAAGUUUCGAGUUCACAUGGCCGGGAACAGAGCAUGAGCUCAGUUACAAGCUCUACGGUAUCACAGGAACGGGUGAGCCGAGAUCUAGACAGACGGGCUAGUGUGCGUGCUGCCGCCGCACCAGGAACCAAGAUUGGGAGUAGUGGUCGGCGAGUGUUUCAUGGCACACAUACACGGACUUUGUCUCUUUUGUCGCCAGUCUCCGGUCCCUGCACUUCUUCCCGAGAACCAGGUCUCUCAAAUGAACGCGUGGGUCGCACUCCGCGGUCUGCAACAUUACCAUCAGUCGACCGUAAUAAUGCAGCCAUGAUGAGUGCACAACUAGAUGAGAGUCAGGUACCAGAACAUCUGCUCGCACAGUGGCAAAAGACUCUUCCUCCCCCUUCGCGGGAGGCCUUGGUGCGCACAGGCAAACAAAUGGCAUCCGAUCUCCGCGAGGGUCUGUGGACAUUUUUGGAAGAUAUCCGACAAGCUACAGUGGGCGAGGAAGGGAUCAACGGCACACAAACAAGAACCUCACCAUCUAAUUCAUUGGCACCACCAAAUGGUCGCAAGCGGGAUUCGUUGGCGACAUCUCGAAGUCGAGAACGGUUGUUAGCGGACGGCAAGCUAUCACGAUCAUCGUCGUCGUCUUCGCGGGGGAGGGGGCCAGCGGCCGAGACAAAAACUGGUAAAGACACCAAGCCGGCGGAAAUUUCCACAUCUUUCUGGAACGAAUUCGGCAUUGAUACACCCGCUCAGAAGUCUCCGAGCGCUCCGCGCACCCCCUCCGGCAACAAAGCCGCCAACCGAAACGGGGCGAACGAAGCCGAACCGCGCGACCAGCUCUCCAGUAAUUCAAUCGACGCGCAAGAUGAAGAUCUCGACAACUGGGAUAGCUGGGACACGCCCCUAUCCGAGAAGAAGACGCACACGCCCUCGUCGAGCCGAUCAACAGUCGCAUCCAAACAUGAUCACUCACCCACCACACAGGGUAGCAGCCCUCGAACCAGCGCUAGCUUUGGCGAUCUGAACCCGGCUUCCUCUGGACUCGAUCCUAGUGCCUCCGAAGGCAUUCCCUGGCCUGCAAUUACCAAGUUGGCCCCCUCAAAGCUUCAACGGACUGCAUCCAAUUUGAUGGCAGAAUGGGAGCGCUCACUGUCACCUUCUCCAGAGCGAAAUGCCUCUCCUUCGCUCAGCCGCAAGGACAGCAAGAAGGACUAG